AUGAAGACGGUCGUGUCCGUGGCGUGUCCGCCGGAUGGUCGUCAUCGAACGUCGAUACUGAUUUGCGUCAUCUUUAUCAUCGCGUUCCCGAUCCUGGCCUCGAGCCACGAGCAGAAAAAUGGGCACGGGAGCACGUACGCGAGCAAAUCGGAGGACAAGAUGGAAUUCUCGAAGAACUCGAAGGAGUCGAAAAUUUCCUUGGCCGACGACGAGAACGACGAUUCGGGGACGAGCGCGAAAGGGGAUCUCAAGUUUAACGUAAGAAAUCAACGGGACGAAGCGCGGAAGAAAGAGGCGCCGUCGCUCGAAUCUUUGAAGGAGACGAUAUUAGAAUUGAAGAAAAAUCUGAAGGAGGCGGACAAGAAGCAACACGACAAUAUAAAAAAUGAGGAUACCGAGGAGAACGAGAGCGACAACAAGCUGGAGCACAAAGAUCGUACGACUCGCGCGAAGAACAAGCAUCGAAAAACCGAGAACGACGAUGACAGUGAGAGCGAAAACCAAAUUCAUUUCGAGAUAGGUCUAGUCUACGCUACGCUCUUAAACUCUUAA